GCUAUCACCACAGCCCAGAACAGCAGGCGUCCCAAAGCCAAGUUUCAGAGCUGCCUGGUGCUCCUAGACUAAGGAGUGAGCUGCAGACAUGGCUCACUUUGCGCAGCUCAUGGCUGAAGUGGGCGACUUUGGUCGCUUCCAGGCAAAGGUGACCAUCCUGAUGGGCAUCCCCAAUUUCCUGUCUGCCUUCUUCGUGUUUAGUCAGGUCUUCAUGGUCCUCGAUGAGGCUCACCACUGCUCAGUGCCCUGGGUCAAGAACCACACUCUCAACCUAAGUGCUGCAGAGCAGCUGGCAAUAAGCAUACCCAACGACACAGCGGGCAGACCUGAGUCCUGCCUCAUGUUCCAGCCACCUCCUGACAAUGCCAGCCUGGAAGACAUCCUCAGCCACCGCUUCAAUGAGACACAGGCCUGCGACUCAGGCUGGGAGUAUCCUGAGAACAGGCCUCAGUCCCUAAAGAAUGAGUUUGACCUGGUGUGUGAUCGGAGGAACCUGAGGAGGACUUCACAGUCGGUGUUCAUGGCUGGCCUCCUUGUUGGGGCCCUCAUUUUUGGGCCCAUCUGUGACUGGAUUGGCCGCAGAGCCUGCAUUCUGGUGCAGCUGUUUAUGUCAGGCAUCAUGGGCGUGGCCACAGCCUUCGUGCCCACCUUUGAGCUCUACAUGACUUUCUGCUUUCUCUCAGCUACUGCUGUCUCUGGAUACAUGAUGAGCACUAUGAUCCUUAUUUCAGAAUGGGUGGGGCCGUCCAGGAGAACACGAGCCAUGGUCCUGUCCCAGAGCAACUUUGCCUUUGGCCAGAUGGUGCUAGCAGGCCUGGCCUAUGGUGUCCGCAACUGGAGACUGCUUCAGAUCGCAGGCACCGCACCAGUCUUCCUGCUCGUCUUCUACUUCUGGGUUUUGCCAGAAUCUCCUCGGUGGCUCCUCUCCAAAGGAAGGAUAGAGGAGGCCAAACAACUGAUCCAGAAGGCAGCCUUGGCGAACAGGCGGUCCCUUUCUCCAGAACUCCUGAGCCAGCUGACCCCUGAGAAGACAGGUCCCUCGGGAAAUGCGCUGGAUCUUUUCAGACACCCCUAUCUCAGGAAGGUGACACUGGUUCUCAUUGCUGUCUGGUUUGUGGACAGUCUGGUGUACUAUGGCCUUGGUCUCCAAGUGGGGGACUUUGGCCUGGACAUCUACCUGACACAGCUGAUAUUUGGACUAGUGGAGGUGCCCGCCCGUUUUUCCAGCAUCCCCAUAAUGGAGAAGCUGGGUCGCAAGUGGAGCCUGUCAGGUUCCCUGACUCUGGCUGGUACUAUGUGCAUCAUCAUCAUCUUCAUCCCAGCAGGUCUCCCCACGGUGGUCACUGUGCUGGCUGUGGUGGGAAAGUUUGCGUCAUCUUCUGCCUUCACCAUAUCCUAUGUGUACACUGCUGAGCUGUACCCCACCAUCAUCAGGCAAACAGGCAUGGGGCUGGUGAGCAUCUUCUCCAGGAUUGCUGGCAUCAUCACACCGCUCGUGAUGCUGCUGGAACAGUACCACAGGGCUGUCCCCAUGGUCAUCUUUGGCAGCUUCCCCAUCGUGGCAGGCCUACUGUGUGCUCUGCUGCCUGAGACGAAGGGCCAGACCCUGAAGGACACCAUCCAGGACCUGGAGAAGGGGCGCCCCCUGCGUCAGGUCUUCAUGGUCCUCGAUGAGGCUCACCACUGCUCAGUGCCCUGGGUCAAGAACCACACUCUCAACCUAAGUGCUGCAGAACAGCUGGCAAUAAGCAUACCCAACGACACAGCGGGCAGACCUGAGUCCUGCCUCAUGUUCCAGCCACCUCCUGACAAUGCCAGCCUGGAAGACAUCCUCAGCCACCGCUUCAAUGAGACACAGGCCUGCGACUCAGGCUGGGAGUACCCUGAGAACAGGCCUCAGUCCCUAAAGAAUGAGUUUGACCUGGUGUGUGGUCGGAAGUACCUGAAGAGGACUUUACAGUCGGUAGUCAUGGCUGGCCUCCUCGUUGGGGCCCUCAUCUUUGGGCCCCUCUGUGACUGGAUUGGCCGCAGACCCUCCCUCCUGGUGCAGCUGCUUCUGUCUGCCAUCAUGGGCAUGGCCGCAGCCUGCGUGUCCAGCUUUGAGCUUUAUAUGACCCUAAGCUUUGGCUUGGCUACCACUGUGGCUGGAUUUUUACUCAGCACCAAUGUCCUCCUUUCAGAAUGGGUGGGGCCGUCCUGGAGAACACGGGCCAUGGUCCUGUCCCAGAGCAACAUUGCCAUUGGACUGAUGGUGCUAGCAGGCCUGGCCUAUGGUGUCCGCAACUGGAGACUGCUUCAGAUCGCAGGCACCGCACCAGUCUUCCUGCUCGUCUUCUACUUCUGGGUUUUGCCAGAAUCUCCUCGGUGGCUCCUCUCCAAAGGAAGGAUAGAGGAGGCCAAACAACUGAUCCAGAAGGCAGCCUUGGCGAACAGGCGGUCCCUUUCUCCAGAACUCCUGAGCCAGCUGACCCCUGAGAAGACAGGUCCCUCGGGAAAUGCGCUGGAUCUUUUCAGACACCCCUAUCUCAGGAAGGUGACACUGGUUCUCAUUGCUGUCUGGUUUGUGGACAGUCUGGUGUACUAUGGCCUUGGUCUCCAAGUGGGGGACUUUGGCCUGGACAUCUACCUGACACAGCUGAUAUUUGGACUAGUGGAGGUGCCCGCCCGUUUUUCCAGCAUCCCCAUAAUGGAGAAGCUGGGUCGCAAGUGGAGCCUGUCAGGUUCCCUGACUCUGGCUGGUACUAUGUGCAUCAUCAUCAUCUUCAUCCCAGCAGGUCUCCCCACGGUGGUCACUGUGCUGGCUGUGGUGGGAAAGUUUGCGUCAUCUUCUGCCUUCACCAUAUCCUAUGUGUACACUGCUGAGCUGUACCCCACCAUCAUCAGGCAAACAGGCAUGGGGCUGGUGAGCAUCUUCUCCAGGAUUGCUGGCAUCAUCACACCGCUCGUGAUGCUGCUGGAACAGUACCACAGGGCUGUCCCCAUGGUCAUCUUUGGCAGCUUCCCCAUCGUGGCAGGCCUACUGUGUGCUCUGCUGCCUGAGACGAAGGGCCAGAUCCUGAAGGACACCAUCCAGGACCUGGAGAAGGGGCACCCCCCGCGGUCCCACAACACUGCACCCCAGAGAAAAGAAAUGGAUGCCAUAGGAAGGACUUCCAGCAUGAGGAAGGCCAUUGUGAAUAGUUCGUACUUCUGACUGUGUCCACUGGGAGCCAGCCCACCAAAGACAGAGGACUUCCCAUGACAUCAUCUGGAUUUUGUCAGGAUUUACAGGGACACAGGAAUUAGACAGCCUUGUUCAUGUAGCAACACAGCAUGACCUGUUCACGGCCCCAGCUCCACGGGGCAGAGCCCAAUGGAAGCGUCAAGGACUGGACCCCUUCUUCUUCACAACUCCCAGACACAAACUACACCCCACUACCAUGACUGAGUUGGGAUCGGGUCUCUCUUGGUCUUUUCUGACAGGCUUACUGUUAUGGCCUCACUGUCCCCUCAGCCUGGAAUACUCCACCCUCCUAAAACAGAACAGAAGCCAACAGCCCCAUCCCAAACAAAGCAGCUCAAACCCAGAACAGGGUGCUAGGAAGGGCCAGCUACAGGAGCAGGCUAACAAAAAUGCUGUGCCAUAUUCACUUUGAGGAUCCCUUCUUCCUGGCCAGUGGUCAGCUUGUGCCUCACAUGUGUGAGGCUGGCAAGGAAAGGGUGCCCUGCCCCUGCCCGCUGUGCCAUGAUGCCCAGUAGGUAAGGAAGAGGGCAGAGCUCCUUCUGUUUAACUGCUGUUAGUUCUUUCUUCCCAGUGGGCCCUGGCUCAUCGGCAGACUGCCCUUGAUGGCUUCGAAGAACUGGCUUUGCUGCCGGGCACAUGCUGGGGCCAUUUAGAGGUUCUCUGUGUUGUUUGGUAGCAGAAACACCAUUCUCUUACCCGUAAGAGAUGUAAUUGGGGCCAAGCUCUUGUGUAUAUUUACAGACGGUCUCCUGUCAAUUAGGUUAUGUUUAGUGGUUUCUCAUGAGCACUACAGACGCUAAGACAUCUGGGAUCCCAGGGGAGAUUCUACCCAGGCCAGAUCUCUUUUCAGUAGCAGGGAACUUUAAGAAGGACAUAGUGGCUGGAUAUGCCAAUCCACACCUGACCUCUAGAGGGCACUGCUGAACAGAGAAUAGCCGGUCCAGAGCUACUAGGUGGUGAGGUUGUCUUUGCUGGGGUUGGUGCACUACUCAGACCUGGACUCCAGCCUUCCCAUUUUACAGAGAGUGAUAUUGUUCAGCAUGUGGGAGGCAUUGAGUUUACUUCUCAAUGCUCUCACCUACCCACACGCUUGCUCAAAAUGGGUGAUUUCAUGGGUUACUUCACAAUAAACCGCAGACUCUGCCCAGUAAUGCAAAGUGAAGAGCUCUGGGAGUGUGCUCUCUGCAGGCCAUGUCUGGGAUUAAGACCACUGUACUAGACACUGGCUUGAGUUCUGUGUCUGAGCUCUAAGAUGUUGCCCUAACCUCUGGUUAACUGUGCCUCUACUUUGACACAGUCCCUAAAGGCCUGAUCCUUAUGUCAUCCACUUCCUCUCACAAAUGUAAACCCACGUCCUUGUUACUGUGGGCCACAGCGUCCUUGUUAUUGUGGGCCACUGUGUCCUUGUUACUGUGGGCCACUGCGUCUUUGUUACUGUGGGCCACCGUGUCCUUGUUACUGUGGGCCACCGUGUCUUUCUUACUAUGGGCCACUGCAUCCUUGUUACUGUGGGCCAGUGUCGGUAAACAACCCAUGUCCUCAGCCCUUCUCAGAAGGCCUCUGUCCCCUCUGCCUCUGCAUACACUGUGAAAGCUCUCACAGCAGGGGAGCUGGGUGAAGGGCCCCUUCCUCAGUGAUACUUCUUGGCCAUCACAUCCCCUCACUUGCCAAACUCAAUAUGUGGAAGCCCCCACACUGAGUCUGGUCCUUCUUCUGCACCUCUAGAUCAUGUGCCCACCUUCUAUAACCUUUCUCCUGGGCAUAGCUACCCUGUGUAUUCUCCUUACUGUCAUCCUUUGGAGAAAACCCUUUCCUUCCAAAAUCUCAUACAAGAGAAUAGAAGAGUGAGCUCUCGCAGACACCGCUUACCACAGCCUCUGCUCUGGUUACUUCUGUCUAACUGCAAGCAGAGUGAGAGAACAGGUUCAAGAUUCUAUUUUGAAUCUUAAUUUCUAUUUGUGUGUGUUUAUCUGUCUGCCACAUGAAUGCUGUGCCUGCAGAGGCUAAAAGAGGGCGCUAGGUGCCCUGAACUAGAGUGGCAGGCAUAUGCAAGCUGCCUGAGGUAGGUAGCGUGGAAUGGAACAGGGGAGCUCUGGAAGAGCUGCAAGACCUCCUCACUGCUGAGACAUCCUUCAGCCCUGACAAAAUGACUUUCUAGGAAGAAGGAUUUCUGCUCAUGUUUUCAAAAGGCUUCCUCCAUGGCCACUCAGCCCCGAGUGCUUUAGCUGAACGUCAUGGGGGUGGGAGCGAGGGGGGGGUGAGGUUCUCCACCUCUUGAAGAUUAGGGUAGAAGGUGAGGAAUGGCCCAGGGACUAUGUACAGCUUUUGAAGGUUUACCUCUAGUGACCUACUUUCUCUGUCAAAGACCCACCUCCUAGGUUCCUCAAGCUUUUUAAAAUAGGGCCACCAGGUCAGUAUCCAAUAUUCAACCCAUGAAACCCUUGGGGUCAUUUCAUACUCAAACCCUAAUGGCAUGCUAACACUUUGGUUGGUUUCCUCUGUUCUUCCACCUGACUUGGUCUGCUUGGAGUGCACAAGAGCAGCCAGGUGAUCUGAGGUGAGGGUGCCAGCAUGUUGUAAAGGAGAGGCCUGCUUGUUUGUCCCGGCUGCCUGGCUAGCUUAACCUCGAAAUAACCACACAGAAACUGUAUUAAUUAAAUGACUGCUUGGCUUAUUAGCUCUAACAUCUUAUUGGCUAACUCUUACACCUGGAUUUAACCCAUUUCUAUUAAUAUUGCCACAUGUCUGUGGCUUCCUGGGAAAGAUUCAGCAUGUCUGACUCUGGUGGCUUCAUGGCAGUUCUCCUCACUUUGCUUUCUUCCUCCCAGAAUUCGGUUCUGUCUUCUCUGCCUACCUAAGUUCUGCCCUAUCAAGGACCCAAAGCAGUUUCCUUAUUAACCAAUGGAAGCAACACAAAGAUAGAAGGACCUCCUACACCGACAGCAUGGCCAGGUUCUGGUGAGGAGCCUUUCUCUGUGCCUGUGUGCAUGCCUAUAUGAGCUUUUCUAGACCUCUGGGAAUGGAAGGCCACCUCUCUUGGUCCUCAUGUGGCCUUUCUUGGUGUGUGUGUAUGGAGAAAAAUUUCUCUUUCCCCUCCUCCUAUUAGGUCACUAAUUCCAUCGGGGAGGUGUCUCACCUUGAUGAUCAUAUUUAGAUAUGAUCUAAUCAUGGCCAUGGCCUCACCUCCACAUACUGUGACCCUGAGGGAAAGAAUGCAGACAUUCUACAGCAACCUUAGUUCCACUGGGACCUUGUGGUCUGUUGACUCUUAUCCCAGAUCAGAGCAGAAGCUGUCCCUCCACCUGCUGUGGAGACAGAUCGGUCCUGUUGUUGUUACCAGCACCUCACACUUUAAUUCCUGUGCUGUUUGGUUGUGUCCAACUAGAAAAGCCAUAGCGAGUGAGCCCAGGUACCCGUGCUGCCUCGACACCCCAGACUGCAGGAGAGUCUUGUCCUGUUCGGUUUUUCUGUGAAUCCAGCGACCAGCCUUCACAGGCUCUUAGCAGCCCAGCUCCUAAUGGGCUUCUUUUCUGUCUUCACUAACAACCAUUUCUUUUCUUCACUCUGCGUGUCUCCCAUCAUGCAUUUCCUAAAAAGAAGUCCCCCCCUUGCUUCAGAAAUGGGGGCCACCAUGGGUCACCUCUCCAGGCUGCCUACCAGCAACCGUUUUGUCCUGGAGGAGAUGCCAUGACCUUUACCACAAACCUGGUUGCUGCUAAAGGUUAAGCCUCUUCUCAGUCUCUACUCUCUCUUUCCUUGGAUCAAGGGUCCUGAUUGUCAGGGAGGUCAGGGAAGGCUCUAAAUUGCCCUCUUCUAAGUCUCUACUCUCUCUUUCCUUGGAUCAGGGAUCCUGGUUGUCAGAUAGUUCAGGGAAGGCUCUAAGUUGCAUUUGCCUCCGUGUUUCCACGGCAGCAAUAAACUUCAUUUCCUUCUGAAGUGCCAGGCAUUCUCAGAGCUCUCUAGUGAGCCAACAACUAUCCACUGUGCCACGUGGUCAGCCUAGGCCGCUUAUCUCUAGAGGAGUCUGGGACAGGACUUGGCCACCAUCAUAUUGGGGACAAGAAAGUCUGAGGGCCUCCCUGUGGGACUGGGCUUGUAUCACUCUUCCUUGAUUGCCAUCUCCUGGCUUUUGUACUUCAGAAGUGAGGGUCUAAGUUGUCCUAUUGUGUUUAGCUCACAUGAGUUGAAAGACCCUAAUAUUUACUAAUUCCUUCAUACAGCAAGGGAGACAGAAAUGGUAUUCUAGGCUGAUGUGUAUAUAUGAUGUAAUUUAAUUAUAUGUGUGCAUGCAUAGGGUAUAUAUGUGUGGUGUGUGGGGUCAGACGGUGUCUUAGUUGGGGUUCCAACUUAGCUGUGAAGAGACACAAGGACCAUGAUGAGUCUUAUAAAGAAAAUAUUUAGUUGAGAUGGCAACUUACAGGUUCAGAGGUUCAGUCCAUUGCCAUCAUGGUGGAACAUGGCAGCAUGCAGGCAGAUGUGGUGCUGGAGAAGUAACUGAGAAUCCUAUGUAGAUUUUAUGGGCAACAGGAAGUGUGGUCUGAGUGUCACACUGAGCAAAGCUUGGACAUAUUAUCAAAGCCCACCUUCACAGUGACGCACUUCCUACAACAAGGCCAUAUCUACUCCAACAAAGUCACACCUCCCCACAGCGACUCCCUUUGGGAGCCAUUUUCUUUGAGGGUGACCUUGCAUAUCAUUCCUCACCUCCCAUCUUGCCUGGGCUGGAGUCUUUGCUGUGUAUUACAGCGUAGCCUAUGGGGUUUCCCCAUCUCUCUUUCCCGUCUCAGUACAGUAGUGCUGGUGGGUUACAGAUGUGUGCUUCCAUUCCUGGCUUUACAGAAGCUCUGGGCAAUUCAAACACAGGCCCUCAUGCUUGCGUGGCAGACAUAUUCCUCACUAAACCACCUUCUCAGCCCCAUCAUGUGUGGACAUGCAUGUGUGUGCGUAAUUAAAAGCAAAACUAAUUAACAUGUAUAGCUGGUGUGACUAUUAGCUCUUUAAGCUCAUGUGUAAAGAACCAGCGUCUCCUUCCAUUAAGCCUCUCUCUGUCAUGUCUCCGAUGACAGCAGUGUUCCUCGAUGCCUAGAGAUGAAACCAGAGGCAGGGCUCACAGGACCAGGUGGGUAGAGACUUGGGACUUACAGGACCAGUGGCUCCCCAUCAUGAUUAUUUUUCUUACCAACUGCUGGGAUCUCAAUGUGCUGCUGCUCAGGCCCUCAUCCCUAACACUUCAGGUGUGUUAAGAUCGGGGAACUCAAAGGGGCUUGAGGGCCUUGGAGCAGCUGCUUGGGUGACCUAUAAACACCUGGGAGUCCUGAUGAAGAAGAGAGUUCUGGGUUCCAGACACCAAGAGGAUUUCUGUGCCUUUCGCAGGGAAGAGGAGACUUGAAGUUCCAUGAACUAAAGAAUAGCUAUAAGGGUGGUUCUCUGUGAUGAUGACUUUAAUAGCAAAUUUGGAGAGAGGGAGAGAGAGCUAGCUAGCAAGAUAGAUAGAUAGAUAGAUAGAUAGAUAGACAGACAG